AUGGAGGUGAACUUGGAGAACAUCCUGUCCCGCGACUGCAGCAGCCGCUGCCGGGAGGACCUCGAGAGCUCCUCGAUCCGCCGCCGCCGCCGCUCCAGGAGAGAAGAAGACAGAGAGCUUUAUUUCACCUCUGAAUCAAAUACUUCAGAGAAAAAGACCAUCCCUCCCAUUUUCUGGCACCACAGGAAAAGCAGAGGCAUGGAGAGCUGCAGCCCAAAUACUCUAUGGAAGUAAAUACUAAUUGUAUGUGGACACCUUUAUUGCAGCUGUUAAAGAGCAGAGCUAUUUCCUUCUCAAAAUCCAGGAGUCCCAGUAUGUCAAUAUCAAUUUAAAAGGUAAUUAUGUUGGGUUUUUAAAAUCUAUUUGUCAACUUAUAUUCAAUAGAUGUUCAUAAGAAAUGUAAAUUUCCUAUGUGGGUAGCCAUAUGAUGAAACAUCUCUGUGUUUAGGUGAUUAUUAUCUGGACAGGUGCUGCAUUUGGAAGGUGCCUGCAUAUCUGUGUCUAAGAGAAUGUGGUCAUUUAAGGUGCUUUUGCAAUCUGUUUUUUCCUGCAGAAAUGUCUUUUAAAUGUGCUUGGGCUGUCUCAUCUCCAAGCAGCAGAAUGAAUAAAGAAACAGUAAGAUAUCAUAAAGAUAUAAAAGGAGACAGUUUUAUCACUGUGAGAGUAUUCCUAAUCGUACUUAACAAUUUAUGAAAUCAUAAAUCACAGAAUCACAGAUGGUGAGGUAAAACUUUGUAAUGCUUGAGGGCCUCUUAUUAUUCCAAGAGUGACUAAUGUAUAUAAACGCAUUAUUUAUUUAAACAGAACAGUUCAUUGUGGUUGAAAUUAAGAUUUUGGUUGUAAAACUGACUUCUUAUUAUGAUUUCUCAAUGUGAAAUGCCUUGCAGUAAAGGAAAAAUAAAAAAAGAAAAUAUUACAUGUAAAUUACUUUUCCUAAGCCUAUUAAACAAAUUGAAUCUCUGCAUGUAACCCUGCAUUUACCAACCAGUAGAUUGGGCCUGAAUUCAUAGCCAUAGUGCAGAAUCCAGUCUUUGGUGCUUAUAUGUCUUGCAAAUUAUUUUUGAGUGAUCUUUUAAUGUAGUCUCUAAUUUCUCAACCAUAUGUAUGUAUUUCUCACUGCUGGGAAUAUUGGAUAAAUACUGGCAACCAAUAGUAAUGAAAUCACUGGAAACUGAUGGAAGAAUUAUCUCAGCAGUGUCAGUGCAGAAGAACUCAGUUGAGGUUACAUUUUGUUUGGGCUCUUGUUCUCAUUUGUGAGGAUUCAGUUGGAGAUGCUGCAGUUAUGGAUGGGCUACCAGUGUCAUGUCAUGUGCAACAACACAUCUUCACCUGUUCAUGCUUGAUGUUGUUUCCACUGAAAUAAACACUAUUAAGUACUUAUUUUAAUAAGUUCUAUUUUGGUACCCUUGAGAGCACAGUUCUGCUGGCUUGGGUUUUUUUGGUUUUUUUUUUUUUUUUUUUUUUUUUGGCAAGGUAGUUCUUUUUUUGAAAAGUAUAUGCAGUGAGUUAGUGUUUUGCUGGAAUGUGAGAAGUGAAAGUGUGAAAGUGAGGCUGUUCUAAUUGAUAGAGCUUUUGGAAACUUUUUCCUUUCUCACAAAUUAAUGAAAUUGUCUAGAUUAAAUCAAUUUAGAUGGUGUGUGACAGUGAGAUAAUGUGCUGGCCUUUUUAUCUGAAAAUCUCUCUGCUAUUUGGAUUGAUGGCACCAGGCCAGUGUCUAAUGGAUGCAUUUGUCUGCAUUACAGAAGAAGUUCCUGCAGUCUGGACUUUUGCUUCAGAGAGCCUGAAGAUUUGUUAAAUUUUUUUACCCUAGAUGAAAAUUUUCCUAUUAGUGCUAUGUCAAAUACCUGUUGAUAUUCUUUGCAGGAUUUUAGUGUGUUUGUAAUAAUCAGAUUGACAUCUAUGU